UUCCCUAUGAGAUGAGCUAAUCAUUGAGCUAUCUCUCUUGCACUCAAAAAACACUGCACAUUCACACACAAAGCCUUCCCCACAUUCACCUUUAUAAAUCCAAACCCAAAUCUUUCUACCAUUACUCACUCAAAUCCAUGGCUUCUGAUCUCCACAAACUCCCAUGCCUCCUCCUCUUCUUCUUCUUCUUCUUCUUCUUCUUCCUCUUCAUUACCAUUUCUUAUGCAGAGCUCUGCAACCCAAAUGACAAAAAAGCCCUUCUCAAUAUCAAAAAAGCCUUCAACGAUCCCUACAUCCUCACCUCAUGGGACCCGCAAACAGACUGCUGCCAUUGGUAUUGUGUCAAAUGUGAUCGGACAACCCACCGGAUCAUCUCCCUCACCAUCUUUGCCGACGACCGUCUCACCGGCCAAAUCCCGCCGGAAGUCGGCGACCUUCCAUUUCUACAAACCCUCAUGCUCCACAAGCUCCCAAAUCUCACCGGCCCCAUCCAACCGACCAUAGCCAAACUCCAAAACCUCAGAUUCCUCGACCUCAGCUGGAACAGUCUCUCCGGCGAAAUUCCUGAUUUUCUCAGCACUCUCAAAAAUCUCUUCGUUCUUACCCUCUCAUUCAACAAACUCACCGGAAAAAUCCCAAAUUCCCUCUCGCAACUCCCUAAUCUCGGCGGUCUCCGAUUAGAUCGGAACCAAUUAACAGGACAAAUCCCUGAUUCCUUCGGCUACUUCACUGGUGAACAACCCCCGUCUUUGAUUCUUUCACACAAUCAACUUUCUGGGAAAAUCCCUUCUUCUUUGUCGAGAUUAAACUUCCCUUCCAUCGAUUUCUCCCGCAACAAACUCGAAGGCGAUGCGUUUAUGUUCUUCGGCGCCGACAAGAUGAUCCAGAUUCUUGAUUUGUCGAGGAAUUUGUUGGAGUUUAACUUGUCGGAGGUGGUGUUUAAUCAGAGUUUGACUUCGUUGGAUCUUAAUCAUAAUAAAGUGUUUGGAGGUUUGCCGCCGGCGAUGACGGAAUUGAAUUUGCAGUAUUUGAACGUUAGUUAUAAUCGGCUUUGUGGUCAGAUUCCGGUGGGUGGGGCUUUGCAGAGCUUUGAUUUGUAUUCUUAUUUUCAUAAUAAGUGUUUGUGUGGGGCACCGCUUGGUCCCUGCAAAUGAUGGAAAAUGGCGUAUCCGACACGUGCUUAUAGCCAAUUUCUCAAUUUUAAAUAUAUCGAUAUCAUUUGAUAAUGAUUUUUAAUUUA